CAGCAAGAAGAUGAAGAACGGUCUGCUAAUCAUAGUAUGCAUUUUCUUGGCUAUAGGAACAUGUGGAGGUCCUUUGUUAACUCGUCUCUACUACACAAAAGGCGGAACACGAAUCUGGUUCAUGAGCUUUCUUGCAACCGCAGGUUGUCCAAUCAUACUCAUCCCUCUCUAUGUCUCCUUCCUCCGCCGCAACCGCAACCGCAACAACACAGAAAACACCUAUAAAACAAAACUUGUUCUCAUGGAAAGUCCUCUCUUCAUAGCAUCCAUCGUUAUUGGGUUGCUCAUAGGACUUGACAACUACUUAUACGCAUAUGGUUUAGCUUUCCUGCCAGUUUCAACUUCAUCACUCAUUGUCGGGAGUCAGUUAGCGUUCAAUGCGAUCUUUGCUUUCUUCAUGGUCAAGCAAAAGUUCACUUUCUUCUCUAUAAACGCAGUCGUUUUGUUAACGGUCGCCACUGGGGUCCUGGCUUUACACAGCAGUGGAGACAGGCCGGAUGAUGUGAGGCACAAGGAGUAUGUGGUUGGGUUCUUGUUGACUUUGAUUGCAGCUGUUCUCUACGCGUUUAUAUUGCCGCUCGUUGAGCUUGCUUAUAAGAAGGCUCGACAAGAAAUCACUUUCACACUUGUGCUCGAGAUGCAGAUGGUCAUGUGCGUCGCUUCUUCUUGCUUCUGUCUUGUUGGAAUGCUUGUAAAAGGCGACUUCAAGGCUAUACCAAAAGAAGCAAGAGAGUUCAAGAUCGGAGGCACAGUGUUUUACUACACGUUGCUUGUGAUCACAGGGAUAGUAUACCAAUGCUUCCUCUUAGGAGCCAUAGGGGUUGUGUACUGUGCGUCGUCUCUAGCUUCUGGUGUUCUCAUCAGUGUUUUUCUUCCGGUGACGGAGGUUUUGGCCGUCGUGUGUUUCCGAGAGAAGUUUCAGGCGGAGAAAGGAGUUUCCCUCCUUCUCUCUCUAUGGGGAUUUGUCUCUUACUUCUACGGUGAGUUUAAAUCAGGCAAGAAAAUUAUCGAUAGUUCUCAGUCUCCGGAGACAGAACUGCCUCCACUUCCAGUUAGUGGCUCUGUUACUGCAUGAAGGUCGUUUACUUUUAUGGGCUUUAUUUUAUGUGUACGCCUGACUGUGUUUUUGUAUUACUUUUCUUCUUAAG